UCAUCAAUUUGUAAAAACAAUGGUCCGUCCCUCCCACUUUGCUCCUCCACCUCUCCCUAAACCAUAUCAAUUUCUCCAUCAACAUUCAACACCAUUUUCUUAUCAGAAAAAGACACACAAAUAAGGACCCCACACAAUUAAAUCACCCAAACCCCAAUUAAUCUUAUUACAAAUCCCUCUUAUAUAUACCCAAAAUCAUCAUCAUGAGACCUCGCAAUACCAAAGAUCAUACUUAUACUUCCCAAAUUUUCCGAUAUCCCACCCCCAAAUCUCCACGACGUCGUUUCCGGUUGUACCCACAACUACAUAUACUAAAACUCGCCGGAAUCCUUAAACUAAUAGCGAGAUUAUCCAUGGCGGGACAAUCCAGAAAAUGGGUAAUCUUAGUUGCUACGAUAUGGCUACAAGCUUUUACCGGCACUAAUUUUGACUUUUCGGCGUAUUCAUCGGAGAUGAAAGCGAUAUUAGGAAUUUCUCAAGUGCAGUUGAAUUACUUAGCUGUUGCGUCUGAUUUAGGUAAAGCGUUUGGUUGGUCGUCGGGAUUGGCGCUUUUGUAUUUGCCUUUGUGGGUUGUUAUGAUGAUUGCUGGGUUUAUGGGAUUGGUUGGUUAUGGCUUCCAAUGGCUUGUUAUUCGUGGCGUUUUUUCUCCCCCUUAUUUUGUGGUAUUUUUCCUAUGCCUGUUAGCAGGAUGCAGCAUCUGCUGGUUCAACACCGUGUGUUUUGUCCUCUGCAUCAAAAACUUCUCUGUAAACCGAGCACUUGCACUCUCCCUUACAGUAAGUUUCAAUGGUGUAAGUGCUGCGUUUUACACUUUAGCAGCUAAUUCAAUAGACCCAUCUUCACAUUCCGUCUACCUUUUCUUAAACACCGUUGUUCCCCUCUUCACUUCCCUCAUUGCCUUAUUCCCAAUCUUAAGACAACCCGAACUUGAACCUCUUCCUCCUGAUGUUGUUCGUAGGGACUCCUUCAUCUUCUUUUUCCUCAACAUUUUGGCUGUCAUGACAGGCUUUUACCUUCUUUUCCUUUCUUCGUCUACCAAUGAUGAUAUGAUGUCUUCACGCCUUCUCUUUGGAGGCGCAAUUUUCCUGCUGUUCUUUCCUCUAUGCAUUCCGGGUAUUGUCUAUGCUCAGGAAUGGUUCAAACAGAUACACUCCAGCUUCCACAUUGAUGGGUCGGGUUUUAUUUUGGUCGAUGAUAAUGAUUUGGAGCUCCAUAAAGAAAUCUCAACUCGAGAGGGUAGUUAUGUGGGUGAUAGUAUGCCUUUGCUCGGGAAUUGGAGUCCGAAUGAUUUUACUGGAUCCAAUUAUAGCCUCAAUGGGGUUGGUGCAAGCAAGAUUGAAGCUUCCUGUGGGGCAGUGAUCAGGAAAAAUCAAUUGGUAAUGCUUGGGGAAGAACAUUCAGCUUCAAAUCUUGUUCGUAGGGUGGACUUUUGGCUUUACUACAUUGCUUACUUUUGUGGAGGUACGAUUGGGUUGGUUUAUAGUAAUAAUCUAGGACAGAUCGCUCAGUCUCUUGGGCAGAAGUCUAGCACUACAACUCUCAUAACUCUCUAUUCAUCUUUCUCUUUCUUUGGCCGCUUACUUUCAGCUUCUCCGGAUUACAUUCGUGCGAAGUUCUAUUUUGCGAGGACAGGAUGGCUAGCAAUCGCACUUAUGCCAACCCCAAUCGCUUUCUUGCUUUUAACAGGAUCAGGAAGUGCUCUGAUGCUGCAAGCAGGAACCGCACUGAUAGGACUUAGCUCGGGUUUCAUAUUUGCAGCAGCCGUAUCCAUAACAUCUGAGCUUUUCGGCCCUUUAAGUGUGGGUGUCAACCACAAUAUCUUGAUCACAAACAUCCCUAUCGGUUCCUUAGUUUAUGGUUUCUUAGCCGCUGUAGUUUAUGAUUCCAAUGCUGGAAUUACGUCUCAAGGGAUCUCAAUGGUUGCUGAUACUGUGGUUUGUAUGGGUCGAGACUGCUAUUUUUGGACCUUCGUUUGGUGGGGAUGCAUCUCCGUUGUUGGACUGUUUUCAUGUCUUCUGUUGUUCUUGAGAACUAAGCAUGCUUAUGAUCGAUUCGAACAUGAUCGGAUUUCUUAUCAACUGGAUUAGGAGAGACGUUUUGAGGGGAAGGGCUGGAAAUGUACAGGAAGAAAAUUUUACACGUUUUAAUACAAAUCAAAAGAAGAAAAAGAAAUCGAUGAUAGAAUUAUAAAAGCUUUUGAGGAACCAGAAAGGAUGAGACGAAAUUUGUAUCUACUGUAAGGAAAUAUACACGAAAUUUGUAUCUACUGCAAGGUAAUAUACAUAGAAUGAGUACAAAUUUGCUGCAAUAUUUCUAACAUGUAUCGAGAAUCCUGCUUUACACGAAAUAUGUAUCUACUGGAAGCAAAUAUAAACGGAUUAAGUUAAAAUUUGCUACAAGAUUUAGUUCUAACAUGUAUUCACUGAAUCUUGUUGUAUUAAUUGGCUUGAUUGCUGUAUAGUACGAGUUUUUGAUCAAUUCUGAA